AUGAUCAAGAACAAGUACAACCGUGGCCAGUUCACCCAAGCCCGCUACGACUUGAACGUCAUGCCCGUCUGGCAAAGAAACAUCACUGGACGUGGAGUUGUGGUGACCAUCAUAGACGACGCUGUGCGGAGCUCCAUGCGCUGGCCUGACACACCCCGGGACACUGUCCAUCUUUACCAUUCGGCCCGCUGCACCCGGACCCUUAAUUAUGAUGUCAUCUUUAUGGGACUGUCAGCCAGCGGUGAGCAGAGGCCACACAGGAGGGUGAGGCCCACAGAGGCCAUGUCCAGCCACCACUACCACUGUCUCUGCACCAAAGAACUCUGGGUCCUCCUCAUCCACCUCCUGGAGCACAGGAGCAAGACCACACACACUCCUUCGUUUUGGGGCUACGUGACACCGCUUCUGCAGAAUCUCCUGAAGGGGGCGCCAGCGGCGGGCCAACGCCUCCCCAGCGUCGGCAAAGACCCCCUGGGCUUCACCUGGUGGCUGGUCACACACCUGGCUCAGUUGGGCCAGUACAGCCGAAACGGCUCGCUUCACACUGAGAAACAGUUCCAACUCGAGCACAACUGGAGUUUUGUGUGUGAGCUAUUGAAGUCCACCUGUGAUCCAAAGGGGAGUGUUCAGGAGGAACAGAUCCGAAUGCAUGUGCAUUGCUGCCUGAGUCUGACUAUGCUGUGGGAGCCAAACACCAUCGCGGUGACUACCCUCUGGGAGUACUACAGCAAGAACCUGAACGCACCCUUCGCCGUGCCCUGGUUGGGUGUGAGCGGGCUGGGCAGCGUGAGCCGCAGCCCGCUCUCUCUGCUGGAGAUGGCCCAGGCCUGCUGCUUGCCGACGCCGUUGGGUUCCGCCGAACACACGCAGCUCUACCGCGCCUGCAGCUCCUUCUCCAUAUUCCUGCGCGUGCUCGCCCUGCACCUCAGCCAGGAGAACGCAGGUGGAGCCCCCUGGAGGCAGAUCAAGGGCAGGAUCUACUCCAAGUUCCACCAGAGGCGCAUGGCGGAGCUGUCCGAGUCGGGCCUGAUGAACUUCCUGCUCCUUUUCCUGGUUCUGGCCCGCAGCGCCGAGCUGGAGGACGUGACGGGCCGGGCCUACGACCUCAUGGCCCUGCUGCCGGCGGGCUCCAUGCCCCCGGCCCACCGGGCCCUGCUGUGGCGCGGCCAGCUGGCGCUGCUGCUGCUGUACGUGGGCCGCGGUCUGGACGCAGGGGCCCACGCCGAGCGCCUGGCCACCUCCUUCGCCCAGGUGGCCCGCGAGUUCUACCUGAAGACCACGGAGCCGUCGCGCAAGCUGGCGCUGUGGCAACCCCUGGGGGCCUACCUGGAGGGGGUGGCGGAGGUGCUGGAGACCAGCGGGCACCUGUGCCAGGCCGAGGAGAGGCUGCUCAACGAGGGCUUCGCCAUGCUGCUACCCGCCUGCAGGCAGUCCGAGCUGGCGUCCGCCCUGGGGUUCCUGCAGAAUGCACUGGCACAGCUAAGGCGUGUUCACCAGCGCUGUUCUCAGUCCACAUCCUUUGGCCCUUCAUCCUCCUCUGGCUGGACCCCUCCUCCCUCACUGGCUAAAGAGCACCACCUGGCGGUAGCCUCCGCACUCUGGACUCACUUCUUCCCUUUCCUGCGCAGCCUGCGCCUCUCCCAGACCCCCCCUCCACAGCUGGCCGACGCCGCCGCAGGGUUUACUGUCCUUGCGUUGGACAUGCCCAGCUCCGCCCCUCCGGACCUCCAGCCCCACCCAGUCCAGUCCAUCAUGCAAUGCUUCGGCUGGGACGAGAUGCUCCACCCCCUGCUGGUCAGCCGCUACCUCAACCACCUGCUGCAGAACAGUGAUGUGGUGGCGAGUGUGGGUUCGGCGCAGGGAGUGUGUGUACGGGCGUGGCUGAGGUGUGUGCUGCAGCAGCACCUGCACAGGAGCACGGAUGGCACAGAGAGCAGAGCAGGCAGGGCUCUGGAUGAGCAGUUGUGUGAGUUGACCAGGCUGGUCAUGAGGCUGCCAGAGGUGGAGUCUGUGCUACAGAGAGCAGGACUGCAGCCCUCUGCUGUUAAAACAGAGCCCAAACCAGCACUCGCUGUCUUCAUCAAGGCCGUGGGCAGGGUGUAUUCUGGCCUGCAGCUGUUAUCCGAGCGCAGCACCAUGGUGACGCAGGCUCUGGACUACGUUGGCGACAUCCUGAAGUACAUCAAGCCCUACCAGCUGAACAAGAGCCAGGAGGGCCUCCAGCUGUCCUACUGGGCAGUAGGCUGUCUGGUGAAACACUGGGGCCCUCUGCUGGCCACCUCUAAAGCCCAGCAGCUGCUCUUCCGCAUCGUCGACUCCCUGCUGCUCCCUCAUUCGCUCUUCCAGCAGGACCCGCCCACGCAGGUGCUGUCUGCGCUGAAGGAGAGCCUACCGCUCUACCUGCAGGGUCUGGCGGUGGCAGUGGGCGUGUCCCAGUCCCAGGGGGCGCAUCUCAAGAAGCAGCUGCGGAGCGUAAUCAACCAAUACCUCGGCCGCUUCCUCCCAGCCACGCCUUCCAUGGGCGCCAUAGCCAAUCACCCUGUCCUGCUGGCUGCCUGUGAGGCCACACCCACACCCAGAGGGGCGGGGCUGAGGGGGAAUAUCCUUCAAGUGCUGAACGACAGCUUCCUCCAGUUCAAAGGCCACGCCCCUCCUCCCCGACUGGCGGCUGUCCUCGCCUUCCUAUUGGAGCUCCUGAGACGGAGCGCUGACACAGACCCCGCCCUGCUGACCCUGCCCCUGCCCCCCCUGCUGCGCUGCCUCAUGCUGGUCAACGAGCCUCAGGUGAGGCGCUUGAGUGCUGAGGCAGUGCAGCUGGUGGUGGAGAGGUGCGCCUCCUCAUCUGCUGAAGGCCACUGUGAGCAGACCGUCUCCAUUCUCAGGACCUUUGUGGAGGAGAAUGAGGGUGUGUACGACCAGCAGAUGUACAGUGUUCUAGAGACUGUAUCUAUUGUGGACCGGUGUUCAGUGGAAACUCUAAUUCCAGUUCUGUCAUUAAGCCUGCGGAACUUAGAACAGAAAAGAGGCCUGGGGAGAAAUACUUCACUAAGGUAUCGCCACCGUCUGACCCACUACUGCAAGAUGUCUAUAUAA